GGAGGGCUGCCUGUCCUUGCAGCGCCCCGCGGUGGCCGCGGCCGGAAGCGGUCUCGUCGGCCCUGCGGCGCUGGAGACCUGACGCACAGAGCUCGAGAGCGAGAACGAGAGAGAAAGGGGCAGAAAUGGCGGCUCCGCUCGGCUCCCGCUGAGGAGGGUGAAGCCGGCGGAGGGUCUGUGCUGCCGACUUGCAGCCUCGUUCUCGCCUCUUGCUGCCUGCCUUCUCACGCCGCUUUCCCUUCCUCUGCCCUGCUCUCGCCUGUCCUCGUCUGCGCUCCGGAGAGUUCGAGCCGGCUCGUCUCUCCCGGCCCGGCUCCGCUGGCCCUGACUGCCCGGCCGGCGGGCCGGCCUUCCUCUGCCCUCCCGGGCGCGGCGUGUGCCUCGUCCUCCUGGCUGGACCAUGGUGAACACCCGGAAGAGCUCUCUGCGCCUUCUCGGGUCCAAGUCUCCCGGGCCCGGGCCUGGGCCUGGGGCCGGAGCAGAGCCUGGGGCGACCGGAGGCAGCAGCCAUUUCAUCUCCUCUCGGACCCGCUCCUCCAAGACCCGCGCUGCCAGCUGCCCCGCCGCCAAGGCCGGGGGAAGCAGUGGCGCCGGCGUCGCUCUGGAUGAGGCCCGGAAAGCUGAAGUUGAUGGUAGUUUAAGUGAUAGCCACGUAUCUCCUCCAGCCAAACGCACUUUGAAACAACCAGAUUCUGUUUGCAAAGACAAAUCGAAAUCUCGAAGUACUGGUCAGCGAGAAGAAUGGAACAUAACAACUGGACAGACCAGGUUAACUUCUCAGCCUGGUGCUACGUUACCAAAUGGACAUAGUAGCUUAUCCCUUCGAAGCCAUCCCCUUAGAGGGGAAAAGAAGGGAGAUGGGGACCUUUCUUGUAUAAAUGGUGACAUGGAAGUCAGAAAAAGUUGUCGUUCCAGGAAAAACAGAUUUGAAAGUGUGAACCAGAGUUUGCUGUUUGAUCAACUAGUAAAUAGUACUGCUGAAGCUGUACUACAAGAAAUGGACAACAUUAAUAUCCGACGGAAUCGACGAUCAGGAGAAGUGGAACGACUUCGAAUGUGGACAGAUACAGAAUUUGAAAACAUGGAUAUGUAUUCAAGAGUGAAAAGACGAAGAAAAUCACUAAGAAGAAAUAGUUAUGGGAUUCAGAAUCAUCAUGAAGUUUCUACUGAGGGUGAAGAAGAAGCUAGAACCUCUAUAUUGCUUCCUUUGGAGAAAAACAGUAUAGAAUCUCAAGAGGAGGAUGGAGAUAUAGAAGUUGAAGAGGCAGAAGGAGAAGAAAACGAUAGACCAUAUAAUUUAAGACAAAGAAAAACAGUGGAUCGAUACCAGGCACCUCCAAUAGUGCCAGCUCAUCAGAAGAAGAGGGAAAACACACUGUUUGAUAUUCACAGAUCUCCAGCAAGAAGAAGCCAUAUCAGGAGAAAGAAGCAUGCCAUCCAUAGUAGUGACACGACUUCUUCUGAUGAAGAGCGCUUUGAAAGAAGGAAAUCAAAGAGCAUGGCGAGAGCAAGAAAUAGGUGUUUGCCUAUGAACUUCAGAGCAGAAGACUUAGCUAGUGGUAUUCUCCGAGAACGAGUGAAAGUGGGUGCAAGCUUGGCUGAUGUUGACCCAAUGAACAUUGAUAAAUCAGUACGAUUUGAUAGCAUAGGUGGAUUGAGUCAGCAUAUUCAUGCACUAAAGGAGAUGGUAGUAUUUCCACUUUUAUAUCCAGAAAUUUUUGAAAAAUUUAAAAUUCAGCCUCCCAGGGGCUGUCUGUUUUAUGGCCCUCCUGGCACAGGUAAAACCUUGGUUGCCAGAGCAUUAGCUAAUGAAUGCAGUCAAGGAGACAAAAAAGUGGCUUUUUUUAUGCGAAAAGGAGCGGAUUGUUUGAGCAAGUGGGUUGGUGAGUCUGAAAGGCAACUUAGGCUUCUUUUUGAUCAGGCAUACUUGAUGAGACCUUCUAUAAUAUUUUUUGAUGAAAUAGAUGGAUUAGCUCCAGUUCGCUCUAGUAGACAAGAUCAGAUUCACAGCUCAAUAGUGUCAACCCUCCUUGCUCUAAUGGAUGGAUUAGAUAAUAGGGGCGAAAUCGUUGUUAUUGGUGCUACAAACAGACUUGAUUCUAUAGAUCCUGCACUCAGGAGACCUGGUCGUUUUGAUAGAGAAUUCCUUUUCAACUUGCCUGAUCAAAAAGCAAGAAAACACAUCUUACAGAUCCAUACCAGGGAUUGGAAUCCAAAAUUGUCAGAUGCUUUUUUAGGUGAACUAGCCGAAAAAUGUGUUGGCUACUGUGGAGCUGAUAUCAAGGCCCUGUGCACUGAAGCUGCCCUCAUUGCUCUUCGGAGGCGAUAUCCGCAGAUAUAUGCUAGCAGUCAUAAACUGCAGCUGGAUGUUUCCUCAAUAGUGCUCAGUGCCCAAGAUUUUUACCAUGCAAUGCAGAAUAUAGUGCCUGCUUCCCAACGUGCUGUGAUGUCUUCAGGACAUGCACUAUCACCUAUUAUAAGGCCACUGCUGGAAAGGAGCUUCAACAACAUUCUAACAGUCUUGCAAAAAGUGUUUCCUCAUGCUGAAAUUAGCCAGAGUGACAGGAAAGAAGAUAUAGAAAAUCUAAUUUUAGAUGAUAGUGAAGAUGAGAAUGCUUUAUCAAUUUUUGAGACUAGUUGUCACUCAGGAUCACCAAAGAAACAGUCAUCAACUGCUGCUAUACAUAAACCCUUCCUUCAUUUUACAAUGUCACCAUACCAUCAGCCAACCUCUUACAGACCACGAUUAUUGCUAUCUGGAGAAAGAGGCUCAGGUCAAACUUCUCACCUUGCUCCAGCACUUUUGCAUACUCUAGAAAGAUUCUCUGUGCAUAGACUAGAUCUCCCAGCACUUUAUUCAGUCAGUGCCAAAACACCUGAAGAAUCAUGUGCACAGAUAUUUCGAGAAGCUCGAAGAACAGUACCUAGUAUUGUUUACAUGCCUCACAUUGGCGAUUGGUGGGAAGCUGUCAGUGAAACUGUGAGAGCAACUUUUCUGACAUUGCUACAAGAUAUACCAUCAUUUUCACCCAUAUUUUUAUUGUCUACCUCUGAAACCAUGUACAGUGAAUUGCCUGAAGAGGUUAAGUGUAUCUUUAGAAUACAGUAUGAAGAGGUCUUGUAUAUUCAAAGGCCUGUUGAAGAAGACAGAAGGAAAUUUUUCCAGGAACUGAUUCUCAAUCAGGCAUCAAUGCCACCACCACGAAGGAAACACACUGCUCUUUGUGCUAUGGAAGUGCUUCCUCUUGCACUACCUUCUCCACCUCGUCAGUUGUCAGAAUCAGAAAAAAAUCGGAUGGAGGACCAGGAGGAAAAUACUUUAAGAGAAUUGCGGUUGUUUCUCAGGGAUGUAACCAAGAGGCUGGCCACAGAUAAACGCUUUAACAUCUUCAGCAAACCGGUGGAUAUUGAAGAGGUUUCAGAUUAUCUUGAAGUAAUCAAAGAACCAAUGGAUUUAUCAACAGUAAUAACUAAAAUUGAUAAACAUAAUUAUCUUACUGCUAAAGAUUUCCUGCAAGAUAUUGACCUAAUCUGUAGCAAUGCUUUAGAGUACAAUCCAGAUAAGGACCCAGGAGAUAAAAUAAUUAGACACAGAGCUUGUACCCUGAAGGACACUGCACAUGCCAUCAUUGCAGCUGAAUUAGAUCCAGAAUUUAAUAAACUCUGUGAAGAAAUUAAAGAAGCAAGAAUAAAAAGAGGCUUAUCGGUAACAGCAGAACAAAUAAAUCCUCAUGGCACUGGAGCUCGGAAGACAGAAACUAGAGUUGAAGAGGCAUUUCGGCACAAACAAAGAAAUCCAAUGGAUGUCUGGCACAACUCUGCAAAUAAAUGUGCAUUUCGGGUACGGAGAAAAUCAAGGCGACGAUCACAGUGGGGUAAAGGAAUUAUUAAGAAAAGAAAAGUUAAUAAUUUAAAAAAAGACGAAGAGGAUACCAAAUUUGCGGACUAUGAUAACCAUACAGAGGACAGAAAAUUGCUAGAGAAUGGAGAGUUUGAGGUAAGCACUGAUUGCCAUGAGGAAAAUGGAGAAGAGACUGGGGACUUAUCUAUGACCAAUGAUGAAUCCUCAUGUGACAUCAUGGACAUGGACCAGGGGCAGAGGCUAAACAACGGAGCAGGCACUAAAGAGAACUUUGCAUCCACAGAAGAAGAAAGUUCAAAUGAAUCUCUGCUCAUCCACAGCAGCAGUACUCUUAAUCCAGAACAGACAUCUAGGAAGGAGCCUUUUCUUAAAGGCAGCUGUCUGAAUGGUGAGGCCUCCACUGACAGUUUUGAAGGAAUACCUGUUCUGGAAUGUCAGAAUGGUAAAGUUGAUGUCAUUCCUCUCUGUGGUAGUGGAGAUAAAUGCAGUUCAGAACAAAAGAUUGUCCUGGAAAACCAGUUAAAAGAAAAACCAGAAAUUUCAAAUGAAAAUCAUGGAGAUGAUCCUGAGAAACUAGAGGCACCAGAAUGUAGCAGUACUGAGAAAUUAGAACCUGGCCCUGAUGUGGAGGUUAAAGAUGCAGAAUUGGAUAAAGAAGGUAAAGCUAAUAUUUUAAAACAUCUUCUGAAGGUUUAAACUCCGGAGUUAAUUCAUUGCAAAAUUUACCUGAUUUCUAGUAGUAGUAGUUGAUGAAUAAUUAUACUUUCAUCCUCCUUUUGAGAAGAGUAUGCACAUGCACAUUAAGUUUUGCUGAACUUUUCAGAGGUUUUAGAAUCCAAAAUGCACUGUUUUCAUGACUGCUCACUUUUCUGUCUCUUGGGUGAUUAUUACACUAUCCUAAGCGAUAUAUGACUAAAAGCUGAGUAAAUCCACAGGUGUUAGGAAGAUGGAAUUACAACAGAAGAAUUACUAGAAAGGGUGGGGUGGACAGAGAAGAUGUGGCUAUAGCAGUAUAGUAUAUUAGAAAGAAUCAUGCAGACUUAGAUUAAACCAUCACUUUGAUUCAUCAUAAUCAUGUGACUUGGCACUAGUUGUUGAUACUCCUCAAGCCUGGUUAUUCGUCUUAUAAAUUAAACUUCAAAAAUGGCCUUGUUACAGGCAUUACAGUAAGUCUUUUAUAAUUAUUGCCUCUUGUGGUUACUGGAACAUGCCAAGGUUGGCUUAUUCUAGGCAGUUGAAUCUGAGAGAUGUUUAGUAUAAGAGACUCCAUUGGUUUGUAACGCCAAGACUGGAGGAAAGACACAGAACUUUCACAGACAGUUUUACUUUGUUCCCAGUGAAUUGGAGCAUUCUGCUUGCUCCUGAUUUCUUGUGACUGUAUGGAUAUCUACCUUGUUCAACACAUUUCUUCCUGGACAGGUCCUUUCCUAAUAUUAGGUUAUCUUGAAUUUGUAUAUUUUCUAAAUUGGAUAGAGUACACAAGGAUUUGGGCCAUGAGAGAACUAUUUUUCCCUACCAAUUUUUUAGUUUGUUUGUUUGUUUGUACCAGGGAUUGAACUCAGGGGCAUUCAGCCACCAGCCACACCCCCAGCCCUAUUUUGUAUUUUUUUAAAUUUAGAGAGGGUCUCACUGAGUUGCUUAGUGCCUCACUUUUGCUGAGGAUGGCUUUAAAUUCACAGUCCUCCUGCCUUAGCCUCCUGAGCUGCUGGGAUUACAGGCAUCCGGCUCCCUACCAGUUUUUUAAGCCCUAUAGUAGAAUUAGGAAGUAGGAAAGUGUUAUUCAAAGUCUCGCCAGUUUAAAAAAAAUGGGUAAAAGGAGAUUUGCUAUUCUUAAAUGUUCCUUGUUGAGAAUUUUUAUUUUUUCUCAAUAUUUAAUAAUAGAAAUUAAUUUUAAGAACAGUACUUAUUCUGAACUUUCUUAGAACUUAAAAAGUGUGUUAAAGUGAGAUUUAAGUAAUGAAUGGAACAGGGUGGAAAAGAGGGAUAAACUUGCGGUAUCAGGUAGAAUGAGUACAGGGAGAGGAGUCCAUUUUGAUACUACUUCUCUAGCAAUUUUAGUUAAGUUUGCUUAAAUUAAUGUUAUGUUCAAUCUGAAAGUUUUAAAGAUAUUGUUGUACAAAAGUGUGACUUGGGCUGGAGAGAUAGCUCAGUGGUAAAGCACCUGCCUAGAAUGCAUGAGGCCCUGAGUUCAAUCCCCAUAAUCACAUAAAAAAUAAAUAACA